AUGGACACUGCAGGGAAGAGCGCAGAGCAGCUGCGUUUGCAAAUUGCGAAAGCUGAAGAGGAGCUGAAGAGUCUCAGAGAACAACUUGCUCACGCAGAAGCUCAGGAACAGCAGCAAAAGGCAGAUACUGCGACUACAGAUACCAACGGCACCUCUUGGAAAUGGCCAUUAGACGCAGACGAAUAUGACCGCUACGGGAGGCAGUUGAUUCUGCCCAUCGUCGGCAUCCAAGGUCAACAGAGGCUUAAAGCCUCAAAGAUCCUCAUCAUCGGUGCCGGUGGCCUUGGAUGUCCGGCGGCAGCAUACAUAGCCGGGGCUGGAGUUGGUUCACUCGGCAUCGUCGACGGCGACGUCGUCGAGCCCUCCAACCUCCACCGUCAGAUAGCCCAUGGGACGUCGAGAGUGGGCAUGCUCAAGGUGGACAGCCUGAUCGCAUAUUGCAAAGAACUUAACCCACUUCCAGAGUACAUCCCAUACAGGGAGCACCUCACCCCUCAGAACGCAGAGCACAUCGUCAGCGGCUACGACCUGGUCCUCGACUGCACCGACCACCCCACGUCCCGCUACCUCAUCUCCGACGCCUGCGUCCUGCUGCGCAAGCCCCUCGUCUCCGCCUCGGCCCUGCGCACCGACGGCCAGCUCAUCGUCCUGAACUGCCCGCCCACCGCCCAGGGCGUCCUCCUCCCCUCUUCCGAGACGGGAAAAGCGGCGACCCCCACCGCGCCGCCCUGCUACCGCUGCGUCUUCCCCAAGCCGCCGCCGCCCGAGAGCGUCGUCAGCUGCGGCGAGGGCGGCGUCCUGGGCCCCGUGGUCGGCGCGAUGGGCGUGCUGCAGGCCCUCGAGGCCAUCAAGAUCGUCGCGGCCGGGAUGCACCUCCCCGCGACCACCCCUCGUGCCGCGGUGCCGCCGACGCUGCUGCUCUUCUCGGGCGCCGCGGUUGGGGCGCCCUCGUUCCGCUCUGUGAGGAUGCGCGCCCGCCGGAAGGAGUGUUUUGCCUGUGGUGAGGGUAGCGCGGCGCGGCUUACCCUCGGGACGCUGCGGAGCGGGAGUCUGGAUUAUGUUGCGUUCUGUGGGGGCAUGAGCGGGCCGGUCAGGAUCCUAGGCGAUGGGGAGAGGGUCUCUGCUCAGGCGUACCAGGAAGUACUGCAUGGCCGGGACAAGGCCAGGCCCGUGCUGCUGGACGUCAGGGAAAGAGAGUUGUUUGACAUUGGAUGCAUCGACGGGGCUAUUAGUAUUCCCUACUCGAAGAUCCAGAGUGCUGGGAGGGCCAAGAGGCCAGAGGGCGUGGAUGGUGCGGCUGAGGAGGUUUUGCCCGACUGGGUACCACCAGAUUUGCCAGAGGACGCACCCAUCUAUGUUGUGUGUAGGGUUGGCAAUGACUCCCAGCUCGUGGCCAAGCAGUUGAAGGACCUUGGCCUGGGUCGGGAUGGGAAGAGGUUCAUUGGCGACAUCCAAGGGGGAAUGAAGGCUUGGAAGCAGGAAGUAGACAGUACUUUACCCUUCUUAUAG